AUGGCCUCAAUACUAACCUGCAAGAGGCGCGGUUACGCAUCUCUGAAACUGAUUCAAACUGCUUCCUUUUCAAGCUCUCGAAGUGUUGGACAAACUUGGGCCCUUAUUGCUCCAGACUACAAAGAUUCUCUUGCCAAACGAAUGGCUGUUAGAGAACAGCACCUACAUCGUGCCAAGACAGACACGAAUCUCAUACUGGGAGGCGCGAUGCUAGACAAGCAGGACGGCAAUAUGACUGGAUCGUUGCUCGUCUUUGACGCACCAACAAAGGAAGCUGCUGAAAGAUUCGUGAAAGAAGAUCCUUAUAUAGGUGGCCAAGUGUGGGAUCGGGAGAAGUACCAGCUCAUUCCAAUAAAGGUUGCUAUUCUAAACAAGAAGUAG